AUGGAGGAACAGAGAGGAAUUUCCUCUGGGGUUUCGUCGGAACCGGCAUCGAAUUCUGGGAAGCGUAACGGAAAUGGAUUAGAAGAGAAAGAUGAAUUAGGGUCUAAACGUGCGAAAGUGUCAGAUCCAGAUUCUGAUGCUAAAACCAGCAAAGACAUUGGAAUUGCUCAGAAACCAAAACUUAGUAGUGAACAGAUGUCUGAAAUGCUUGUGACUACUGAUGCUGAAGGUUUAGGAAGGAUAGUUAGAGAGAAGGAAGUUUUAGCUAAAGAUACAAAACCUUCCACAGUUCUUGAGACGAGCACAAGCUUGCCUAAGGCCAACUCAAUUUCUACAAAUGAUGAUAAACGCGUUGGUAAUUCUGGAAAACAGGCUUUGCUUGAGAAUCAUACUGUAAAAGAUGAUAAGAACGGUGAGACACGAAGAGGACAUGUUGAUGUCGUUUCAAAGAAUAGCAGCGUCUUGAAACCAAAGGAGACUUCUGAAUCUGUUGGAACUCCGCGUGGAGGAGCAGAUCCUUCGGUUUCAGUUCCUAAUAGCGAAGCUGGUUCAUUGGGUAAGUCAGAUUCGAUGCGGCGAUGGAUGGAAAUGAAGCGAAAUGGUUUUCUAUCAGGCCCUUUGGGUGGAGUAACAGCGCCGAGCUCUGCAGCAUCGACUACUCCUGUUGAAGUACCUGCGCAAAAGCAACAUAAGAAUAAGCGGAGAAGUGAUUCUUUCAAGAAGAGAAACGAGGUUCCUAGGAGGGAACAACAGCAGGCAGAUAGGUUCUCGAAUAUUACCGCACCAAGUGGUUUGCUGACGGAAUUGAACCCGGGAAUCAUUAACCAUGUCAGAAGUAAGAAACAGGUCUUCUCAAUUAUUGAAGCGUUGAUUCGAAGUGCUAAUGAUGAUGCUACUGUGGGGGAAAGACAUGCCGAUUUGAAUGUAAGAGAGUCAGUCAGAGAAGAUAUGGCAUUAACCUUUAAGUUACCAUCCACGGGGGUAUCUGAUAAUGCCAAUUCCAUUACAAACCCGGAACAUGCAACAUCUCUUGCUGUUGAAGCUGCUACCGUUGCUUCCCAAUGGUUGGAAUUUCUUCACCAAGACCUCAGCGGGCGCCUAUCAGCUGUGCAGGAUAGUAGGAAGAGAGUUCAAAAUAUUUUGACAACCGAGUUACCACUUCUCGCGUCAUCAAGAGAAUCUUCUUCUAACCAAGAAAGUACUCUUCAAAUGACGAAUGCGGAUACCUCUGGUGAUCCUUCUUCUGAUAAAACAGUAACAGAGACGCAUCAGAAGAGGUGGUCUGCAAAAUUUGAUCAAAUUAACAAAGCUCUUUGUGAUGAAGAGAGAGAUUUGGAACGUUCGUUAAACCAAGUGAAGGAAAUGCAGUCACGAUGCAAUGAAGGCCUACGACAAAUGGACGAGUAUUCACCCUUCAGUUCCCAAUCAUCAGAUUCAAGUUUCGGGAAAGACGGCAGCAAUGUGGAGACUAGUACAGCGGUUCAGGCGGCUGCAGCUUCCAUCUUUUCAACCUGCAGUUUUCUUUUGUCAAUGAUGAAGCCGCCGCCUACCGGUUCUUAA